CCCAUUCAGCCGUGCUCCCAAUUUCACAUUCACAAAUUUCCUUGUGAAUUCGGUUUGAAAUCACAUAUUUGAUGCUCCCACUUUCACAUUCACAUUAUUUUUUGUGAAUCGAAUCCGAGUUCUUUGUAGGCAGUGAAAUGAAAAGUAAAUGGCAAAAUGUGUUAAAAUGAGAAAUUAUUUUCUAUAAGAAAAUUUUUUUAUAUAUCCUUUGAUAUUUGUAGGUGCUACUCAUGACCUUUUUAAAUUACUUAUUUAUUGGUAUAUACGAAUUUUUUACAUUAUUUGCUGAUAUAUUCAAAAAAAAUCAUGCAUCGCUCAAUCCGAAAGGAAAUAUUCAACAACAGCUGGUAGUGAAUUGCUACAACGAUAACCGAUUGUGAGGCAGGGUUGACUUGCUUUGCGGAACAAAUUCCCAACGAUUCAUUUCGUGUUCGUUAUAAAUUUUAUAAAACUUUAUGUAAAGGUGUAUUCUUUAAUUUAUUUAAGUAAUACUAAUGUUAUUUCUUUUAUUAGUAUUGCCGGUUUCUUUGAAAUUUUAAAUAAUUAACAUUAGUUAAUAACCUUGUUAGUCCGUCGAUGUUUCUUACAAACCGGAAUAUUUUUCAUCGUAUUUGUUACAAAUGUGGGAGCAUUUUACAAGAAUAAAAUGGAUUUUCUGUAGUAUUUUAUGCACUGAAUAUUGUUUGCUUUAUGAUAUUUGCUUUGAGGAUAACCUCUUUGCUUUGAUAUUAAUAUGAAAAAAAAACCAUACGAUUUGACUUCUGCAAUCCUUGGCAUGUCCAACAUAUUAUAUCCAAAAUAAAAAUUAUUGAGUUAACUUAUUUAAAGAACAAUGAAUAGUUUUCAUACAAUAUCAAAGCAUUCUUAAAUAAAAACAACGCGAAUUUAAAAUCACAGCUGUGGCAACAAUGCUUAAGCUCGUCAGCUGUUUCAUGUCAUCGGAAUUAUUUGAGGAAAACGAAACCAGCAACAUGGGCAAACAUAAAACUCAAACACAAGAUAACGUUUUCGUGGAAUUUAUGAAAUUGAACCAAGAUUUAGCCAGAGGCUUCAUUAAAGGUGACCGGACAAAAGCUGCUGACAAAUGGCAUGCAUUAGUCUGCAAACUAAAUGCUGCUGGCCCACCUAUUAAGGACAUUGCCGGUUGGAAAAAAGUAUGGCUCGAUUGGAAAAUGCAUAUUCGCAAAAAACUGGCGCACAAUAAGAAGGAAGGCAAAGCCACCGGGGGAGGUCCAUAUGAUCAGACCGUUAUUUUACCAAUUGAGGAGGAAGUUGCAAAAAUAUGUGGUCUGUUCGAAAUGGUGAAUGGGUUGGAAGGUGCCCUUACCUUUGGAGUACCGGAAGAGCACACAGAAGCAGAAAAUGUAUCACAACGCACUGAAGAGCCAAUACAAACCGAAACACCAAUUGUUGAGGAGGUAGCUGAGCCUACACCAAAACGUCGAAAGUUAGGGCCCGAAACAUCAAAUGUGCAGUGUUUGGACGAAGUGUGUGCUGCGCAACUGGACACCAUGAAAACCAUUGCAACCAGUCUACAGAAACUUAUAACACAUCAAGAGGAGCAUAACCGCCAACAGCUUGAGCACCACCGCAUAAUUCAAAAAAUUGAGGCAGAAAAGUUAGAAGUUCUAAAAAGGCUGAUAAAUAAUAACGUUUAAGGUUUUAAACUGUAACUUAACAUGGCUUAUGUCAUAUAUAAAUAUAACCAUAUCUAUUGUAAAAAAUGUGGCACAAACAACGAUGGGAACAUUGUAUAUU